AUGUCAUUCGUUUUAUUUGAAGUAAUUGUGCCAGCAGAAAAAGAAGACAUACAGAAUGUUACUCAGGAAAGACAGGAAUCCGGAGGUUCAGACAGUGAUAUGGACGGGGAGGGAGACACUGAAUCUGAUGCCAAUAAUGGUGAAGAGGAAGAUGAAAUCGGGGAGUGGAAUUAUUCGGAAGAGAAGUCUAAAAUUAAUGGAAAGAAUGACGAUACUGAUAAAGGAUGUAGUGGUACAGAAACAGAAGAUUCUAAAAAGAAAGAUGGCUCAAGUGAAGAAGUGAAUUCAGCUGGUACAAAGUCUAAUAGUGUUGGUGUCAAACAGGUCUCUACAGCAGCAGACACAAAGUUUACAGUGAAAAAGGUGGAUAAGCAUUCCCAUGAACCAAUUGUUAUUACUGGAGAUCAACUAUCAAAAGAAACAGAACUAAAUCUCAAUGAAAAUAAUCCACAAAAUGAACCAUCUAAUGAAAAUAAGAAUAAAACAGAGCCUGAAAAAAAUGGUGCAUCUAGAAAAGAUGAUAGAGACAAUCAGAAACAAAAUGAAGAUCAAGCGAAGCAUGUUGAGAAAACUGCACCUGCUAAUGGAGAGAAACAGUCACAAAACCAAAAACCAAGCGAAAAAGAUGCACAAAACCAACCCCAAAAUGACAAGGAUAAAACAAAUCUCAAGAAAACUGUUUCUGGUGAAAUGAAAACACAAGAACAAUCAAACCAGAAUAAACCAGAAACUGAGAAAACUUCAGAUAGACAGAAUAAUGGAGGUGACAAGGAUGAAGAUAUAAAACAACCUCAAAAGAGAAGCAAACGUAAGAAGAAAAAAGAUCAAUUUGCAGUACAGAAGGUAAAAGAUGACCCAAAUUCCACUGAAUCAAAGAAUCCUGAUUUUGAACAAAGCAAGAAUGACAAAAAGUCAGAAAAAACCACGAAAACAGAUGAAUCAAAAGAAAAAAACAAAUUUGGUAGAAAAGUACAGUUUGAAUCACUAAAACAGAAGUCAGGUAAAAAAUCUGACAACAUUACAGAAGAAAAUUCUGGCUGCAACUCAACUGAAAAUUCUGGCUGUGACUCAAUUGAAAACUCAACUGAAAAUUCUGGCUCCAACUCAAUUGAAAACUCGGGUGAAAAUUCUGGAAAUAUAUCAGAUGACAAUUCUGGUUAUAGUACCGAAAGGAAAUUGUCAACUAGCAGUAGAAAUACACCCAAAUAUGAACACCAAUUUAGUAUGGUGGAAUUUAUUCCUGAACAAACUUCAACACUUUUAGAGUCAGUAAAAGAAACAAUAAGUUAUUUAGAUAUUAAAAAUUCUGUUAUAAUUAUGACUGAAGAUAAACUUUGUUACAAGGUAUCAUUUGUGGAAGAAUCUGGCAGUCGUUGUGAAUUGAUUUUAAAGUUUUUAAAAUCAUGUGGAGUAGGUCUUAAAGAUAAGUCUUCUAUCAGUGUAAUACCAGUGAGUAUUUACUAUGAUAUCGAUACAGAUACUAAAAAUAAUGAAGAACUAAAAGAUCAUUCUAGUGGAGAAGAUGUAGUUAAAGAUGAUGAUUUUAAGAAAUCAGUGAAAUCUAGACUAGUAGUAGAUCAGGUUGUACAAUCAGUGAAGACUAGUGCAGCAUUAACAUUUGAUUAUUUAGUCUUAACAUUUCUAGCUAGUUUAAUAGCUGCUGUUGGAUUGAUAGAGAGUAGUUCAGUUGUAUUAGUAGCUAGCAUGUUGAUAUCACCUCUUAUGGGUCCUAUUUUAGCCAUUGUGUUUGGGUCUGUUAUUAAGAAUCCGUCUCUAUGGAAACUAGGGUUAAAGAAUGAAUUGAUAGGAUUAGCAGUAUGUAUAUCUUGUGGUUUUAUAUUUGGUCUAUUACCAGCAGGGUUAACUAUGAUAGGUACUAGUUGGAGAAUCACAGAGGAAUUCCCUACUAUUGAAAUGUCUUCCAGGGGUACACCACGUAGUUUAGGUGUUGGUAUAUUAAUAGCUAUACCGUCUGGUGCUGGAGUGGCAUUAUCUGUAUUAGGUGGUAAUAUGGGAUCUCUAGUUGGUGUGGCUAUAUCUGCUUCCUUACUUCCACCAGCUGUUAAUGCUGGAAUGCUGUGGGCAUAUAGUAUAAUGACAGCUAUUAGUCCACCUAGUACUGUUCCAACUGAUUCAUUAGGUAAUCUAACGGAUGAUUUAUGUGAUCAUUUUGAGUUCAUAGACAAUACCUAUCAACCAAAUUUUUUCUGUGAUAUGUGGAAAGAGGCAGCUAUGUUGGGAUUUAUUAGUUUGAUUUUAACUAUGUUAAAUAUAGUAGCUAUACUACUCAUGGGCUUUUUAGUAUUAAAGGUGAAAGAAGUGGUACCUUUAAAGGAAAAAGAUACUUUUACUGAGUUCUUCCAUAAUGAUAUCAAAAUUGCAAGAAAGUCUUACCAAACACAUAAGAAUUACGAAUCGAGGGCUCUGUUCCAUAGAAUCUUGGCAAACAGACAGAAUCAGCAAACAGUUACCAAAGAUGCAGACAACAAUGAUAAAAUCCAACUGUUCCCUAACAAUGUUCAAAUGAUAAAUAGAAAGAAAUUAGAGAUUAUUGCAGCUCAAAAGGAUGUACAAGAUAUAACUCGCCGUCUAAAUACAUCAGUUAACUGCAAUUAUGAUCUUUCUGGGCAGAGUUUGGAAUCUUUAGUACCAGAGCAAACUAAAGAGGAAACAUUGACUACAUCUAGAUCCAAUCGUAAUUUUGAGGUAGUCACCUAUCCAGAUGAUAUCAGUAAAGACAAAGUCAAAGAGAAUCAACCACCAAAAGCAGAUGACGAUGAUCCGUCCAUUCAAAAGGAAUUGAAAGAAUUGGAUCGGAUUUUAAAGAAACCAUCUUCAAUAGAUCUAGAAGAAAUUCAAAUGCAGGUAUUGAACAAAGAUCAAUCAGCUGAAAGAGAUGAGAAUAUUGAAGUAGAGGAGCAAUUACAGUUAAAAUUAGCUGAUUUGUUUGAAAAUCCUGAAGACACAUCCUCCCAGAAUCCUCCCACAUUGAAGAACAGUAACGAUACUGGUGAUACCAAUAAGUCAGAUAGUGAUAAUAAUUUCAUUAGUCAAGAAGCUACAUGUGAUACAGAUUCAGAAGGUGAAGCGUCUCAACCAUUAUUAAAUCUUAAAGUAUAG